UGAAUCUCGCCGGGAACUGGGCUGCGCUCUCCUCCAGCACAAUGAGCAGCAGCUUUGUGGGCGCCUGGAAGCUGGUCUCCAGCGAGCACUUCGAUGACUACAUGAGAGCGCUGGGCGUGGGGUUAGCCACCAGAAAACUGGGAAAUUUGGCCAAACCCAAAGUGAUCAUCAGUAAGAAAGGGGAUACUAUAACCAUAAGGACUGAAAGCACCUUUAAAAAUACAGAGAUCUCUUUCAAGCUUGGCCAGGAAUUUGAAGAAACCACAGCUGACAACCGGAAAACAAAGAGAGUCGUAACCUUGGCCAGAGGCUCACUGAAUCAAGUGCAGAAAUGGGAUGGCAAAGAGACCACAAUAAAGAGAAAGCUGGUGGAUGGGAAAAUGGUCGUGAACAGAGGUUUUUUGAUCCCUGACUGCACAAUAGACUUACAUGGGGAGUAAGUACCAAUAUGGGGCCCAUCACAGAUCACACCACUUGGGGAGGAGGAGCCAUCCGUAUUUUUAAGUGUUCCUCAGACAAGGCAAAUGUGCAGGUAAUUUUGAAAACCACUGUUUUAGUAGACUU